GCUGGGCGCCGGGCAUUUUUUCGGCGCGUGUGGAGCAGUCGCUGUCGCCCGGUGUGCAGGCAAACUCAUGGAUCCCGGCGGACGGUGGCGAAACCUGCCCAGUGGGCCCAGCCUAAAGCACUUGACCGACCCCUCUUACGGGAUCCCGCGGGAGCAGCAAAAGCCAGCGUUGCAGGAGCUGACGCGGGCGCAUGUCGAGUCUUUCAACUACGCUGUGCGCGAGGGGCUCAGCCACGCGGUGCAGGCUGUCCCUCCCUUUGAAUUUGCUUUCAAAGAUGAGCGGAUAUCUCUCACCAUCGUGGAUGCUGUCAUCAGUCCUCCAGCCGUUCCCAAAGGGAGCAUCUGCAAAGAGCUCAACGUUUAUCCAGCAGAGUGCCGAGGCCGGAGGAGCACCUACCGAGGAAAGCUGACAGCCGAUAUCAGCUGGUCGGUGAAUGGGAUCUCAAAAGGAGUCAUUAAGCAGUUUCUGGGCUAUGUCCCCAUCAUGGUGAAGUCCAGGCUCUGCAACUUACACAGCCUUCCUCCGAAAGCCCUCAUCGAGCGCCGCGAGGAAGCAGAGGAAAUGGGAGGCUAUUUUAUCAUCAAUGGCAUUGAAAAAGUCAUCCGAAUGUUGAUUAUGCCUCGCAGAAAUUUCCCCAUUGCAAUGGUAAGACCAAAGUGGAAAAGCAGAGGGCCUGGCUACACUCAGUAUGGAGUUUCAAUGCACUGCGUGAGAGAGGAGCAUUCCGCUGUCAACAUGAACCUUCACUACUUGGAGAAUGGCACGGUCAUGCUCAACUUUAUUUACCGGAAAGAACUGUUUUUUCUUCCUUUGGGAUUUGCACUUAAGGCACUCGUCAGCUUUUCCGAUUAUCAGAUUUUUCAGGAGCUCAUCAAAGGAAAGGAGGAUGACUCUUUCUUUAGGAACUCGGUUUCUCAGAUGUUAAGGAUCGUAAUGGAAGAGGGAUGUUCCACACAAAAACAGGUCCUUAACUAUCUGGGGGAGCGCUUCAGAGUGAAACUCAGCCUUCCUGACUGGUACCCGAACGAACAAGCUGCAGAGUUUCUGUUCAGCCAGUGUAUCUGUAUCCACCUGAAAUCCAACACUGAGAAGUUCUAUGUGCUUUGUCUCAUGACCCGGAAGCUCUUUGCUUUAGCCAAAGGAGAGUGCAUGGAGGAGAAUCCUGACAGUUUAGUGAACCAGGAAGUUCUAACUCCUGGUCAGCUCUUCCUCAUGUUUCUGAAGGAAAAAUUGGAAGCUUGGUUAGUGUCUAUUAAAAUAGCUAUAGACAAGAAGUCUCAGAAGACCAAUGUGACCUUAAACAGUGAAAAUUUGAUGAAGAUUUUUAGUCUGGGACUAGACCUUACAAAACCAUUUGAAUACCUUCUUGCUACUGGGAAUCUACGUUCUAAAACAGGUCUUGGCUUCCUACAAGAUUCUGGACUUUGCGUCGUGGCCGACAAGCUGAACUUCAUACGCUAUCUCUCCCAUUUCCGCUGUGUGCACAGAGGGUCCGAUUUUGCUAAAAUGCGGACCACCACCGUGCGCAGGCUGCUGCCAGAGUCCUGGGGCUUCCUUUGUCCUGUGCACACCCCUGACGGGGAGCCCUGUGGUCUGAUGAACCACCUAACUGCCAUCUGUGAGGUUGUCACACAGUCUGUGUACACAGCAUCUAUUCCGGCUCUACUCUGCAACUUGGGGGUCACUCCAGCUGACGGAACUCCACAUCGGCCGUACAGUGAGUGCUAUCCUGUCCUGCUGGACGGCGUCAUGAUUGGCUGGGCCAGUAAGGAGAUUGCCCCUGGCAUUGCGGAUUCUCUCCGACGUUUUAAGGUGUUGAGAGAAAAAAAAAUCCCUCCCUGGAUGGAGGUGGCCCUGAUCCCCAUGACAGGAAAACCAAGUCUAUACCCAGGAUUGUAUCUUUUUACCACUCCUUGUCGACUGGUGCGGCCAGUGCAGAACUUGGAACUAGGCAAAGAAGAACUGAUUGGAACUAUGGAACAGCUCUUCAUGAAUGUUGCCAUCUUCGAGGAUGAGGUUCUGGCCGGAGUCACCACGCACCAGGAGCUCUUCCCUCACAGCCUGCUGAGUGUGAUCGCCAACUUCAUCCCUUUCUCAGAUCACAACCAGAGUCCGAGAAACAUGUACCAGUGCCAGAUGGGUAAGCAGACCAUGGGCUUUCCACUUCUUACUUUUCAAGAUCGAUCAGAUAAUAAGCUAUAUCGUCUUCAGACUCCACAGAGCCCUUUAGUAAGACCAUACAUGUAUGAUUAUUAUGACAUGGAUAACUAUCCAAUUGGAACAAAUGCCAUUGUUGCUGUUAUCUCUUACACUGGCUACGAUAUGGAAGAUGCCAUGAUUGUGAAUAAGGCCUCUUGGGAACGAGGCUUUGCCCAUGGGAGUGUCUACAAGUCUGAAUUCAUAGAUCUGUCUGAAAAAAUUAAACAAGGAGAUGAUAGUCUGGUCUUUGGAGUCAAACCUGGAGACCCACGGGUUCUGCAGAAGUUGGAUGAUGAUGGAUUGCCAUUUAUUGGAGCACAACUGAAGUAUGGAGAUCCAUAUUACAGCUACCUAAACCUCAACACCGGGGAAAGCUUUGUGAUGUACUAUAAGAGUAAAGAAAACUGUGUUGUGGAUAACAUCAAAGUGUGCAGCAAUGAUACCGGAAAUGGCAAGUUCAAGUGUGUGUGCAUCACGAUGCGAGUCCCCCGGAACCCAACAAUUGGGGAUAAGUUCGCCAGUCGUCACGGGCAGAAGGGCAUCUUGAGUAGGCUGUGGCCAGUGGAGGACAUGCCAUUCACCGAGAGCGGGAUGGUCCCUGACAUUCUGUUCAACCCCCAUGGUUUUCCAUCUCGCAUGACCAUAGGCAUGCUGAUCGAGAGCAUGGCUGGCAAGUCCGCAGCUCUGCACGGGCUCUGCCACGACGCGACCCCUUUCACCUUCUCAGAGGAGAACUCAGCCCUGGAAUACUUUGGCGAGAUGCUGAAGGCCGCUGGCUACAACUACUAUGGCACCGAGAGGUUGUACAGCGGCAUUAGUGGGCUGGAGCUAGAAGCAGACAUCUUCAUAGGCGUGGUGUAUUACCAGCGUUUACGCCACAUGGUCUCCGACAAAUUCCAAGUGAGGACCACAGGAGCCCGAGACAAAGUCACUAACCAGCCUAUAGGGGGGAGAAACGUCCAGGGUGGAAUCCGUUUUGGGGAGAUGGAGCGGGACGCCCUUUUAGCUCAUGGUACAUCUUUUCUCCUCCACGACCGCCUCUUCAACUGCUCGGAUCGGUCAGUGGCCCACGUGUGCGUGAAGUGUGGCAGUCUGCUCUCCCCGCUGUUGGAGAAGCCGCCCCCAUCGUGGUCCGCCCUGCGCAACAGGAAGUACAGCUGUGCCCUGUGUAACCGCAGUGACACCAUCGACACCAUCUCCGUGCCUUACGUCUUUCGGUAUUUUGUAGCUGAACUGGCAGCUAUGAACAUCAAAGUGAAGCUGGACAUCGUUUAACCUGACGCAGGUCUUUUGGGUCAAGACCGCUAUCAGAUUAAAACAAGAUGUCGUUCUGGUGAGGCUAUUAAUAGUUAUUACUCUGGAGUUUUUCAUGGUUGUCAGAGCUCUCAAUCAAGACCUGGCCACUCAGAAGGCAGACUUUCUCAGUUGCUCUAGUAUAACUACUGAAGGUGACUUUCAGUAUGUUUAUUCUUUAAAAAUCAUAUGCUGACAAAUAAAAGGAUAUUCAGGGGAAGGUGUUUAACCCCAGGUUCUCUGCAUCCUGCUUUCAGCAGGCAGUGACUGUCAAAACAUCUAUCUGUCCAUGUAGAGCAGAGCAGUUCAAUAUAAACACAGUGUAAGCAUCUAUGUAAUUUUAUAUUUUCUUACAUUAAAAAAUAGAAGGUAGAAAUUUUUAACAGCUUUAUUGAAGUAUAUAUUUACACAAAAUGCACGUUUAAUGUAUAUAAUUAAGUGGGUUUGAACAUAAGCACACACCUGUGAAUGAUCACAACAGUCAUGGUAAUAAACAUCACCUCCAAGUUU